AUGCAGGACAACCGCGUCUCUCGUUGGUAUUUCGGCGGCGUCUCCUCCAGCGCAGCCGCCUGCUUAACACACCCGCUGGAUUUAAUUAAGGUGCACCUUCAGACGCAGCAGGAGGUGAGGGUGAGGAUGACCGGGAUGACUGUUGACGUGGUGAGGAGAGAGGGCUUUCUGGCGCUCUACAGCGGCCUCAGUGCGUCUCUCUGUCGGCAGAUGACAUAUUCUUUGUCACGGUUUGCCAUAUAUGAGACUGUCAGGGACAAGAUGAACAGAGAGAACAAAGGCCUGAUGCCUUUCUACCAGAAAGUCCUGCUGGGCGCCGUUGGAGGGUUUGCAGGCGGUUUCAUCGGGACCCCGGCUGACCUUGUGAAUGUCAGAAUGCAGAAUGAUGUCAAGCUACCGGUAGAGCUCAGGAGGAACUAUGCUCACGCUCUGGACGGACUUUUACGAGUUUGGAAGGAGGAGGGAGUGAGGAAACUGUUCUCUGGUGCUACAGUGGCGUCCACCAGAGGAGCGCUGGUCUCUAUCGGACAGCUGUCCUGUUACGACCAGUCCAAGCAGCUGGUCCUGGCUACUGGUUGCCUGACUGACAGCAUCCUCACACACUUCCUGGCCAGUGUGUUUGCAGGGGGAUGCGCCACAGUCCUGUGCCAACCGCUGGAUGUUGUUAAAACGAGACUAAUGAAUUCAAAGCUGGAAUAUGGGGGUGUGUUUCACUGUCUAACAGAGACGGCAAAACUGGGCCCGAAGGCGUUUUACAAGGGUCUCGUUCCUGCAGCCAUCCGUCUCGUCCCCCACACAGUCUUCACCUUCAUGUUCCUCGAACAACUGAGGCGGCGUUUCGGUGCAGUGGUUGUCGACUGA